AUAAAUUGUAGGUAGCAUGUUUUUUAUUUAAUUGUCUGUUUGAAAACUUCGACGUUCAACAUGAGCAACUUCACCUUUUUGGUUCUAUGCGCGGUUGUGGGUGUGGCAUUGAGUCAGAGAUUGUGGCCAAAUGGUAACGUUCCAUACGUGAGUACUAUUAAGGCUGUAAACGCAAUCAACGAAGCUUUGCAAGCAAUCGAGGCUAACACCAAAUGCAUUACAUUCACACAAAAGACAGCCGCUGACAAAUACUUCAUUGAAUUCAAACAUGGAGGAGGAUGUUACUCCUACGUUGGUAUGAUGACGCGUACAAACCCGAUUUAUCUGUCACCACCUUGUUACCGAAGCAAGGAUAUUGUCAUGCAUGAAGUAGGACACGCCUUAGGUUUAAACCAACAUCCUGGACAAAAGCCAUCGUCAGCUCCACUUGGCAAAGCUGAUUUUGAAAAAUUAAACAAAAUGUAUACAUGUUAAGAAAAGAAAAACCUUUAACCCUA